CCAAUUUUUUUUCUCCCUCCAGUCCCGGUCGUCCGAGAUUAUGUCGGCAAUAAAUAUUUUUUCGCCGCAGUCCCUUGCCUUCUGUCGCCAGGAAGGCUUGUAUAAACGAGGUCGAGAAGCCUCGGCCCCCCACCUUUAAAGCGCCUGUCCUGUCCACCUUCUCCCAACUCAGACUUGUCCUUGAAUGCCUCCGCUCUCAGCCACAGCUCCCCAUUCGUUCGUCGCAGAAAAUAAGCCGUCAUGGGACUCCUGUGCUUUGCAUCUCAGAUCGGAUGCACCGUUGCCGGAUACCUGUAUCCGGCGUAUCUAUCCUACAAGGCACUCCAGCAACAAGAUACAUUCAUGCUCCAGCAGCUCCUCGUCCACUGGGUGGUCAUUGGGCUAUACACAGUCGCCGAGAUCAUCGCGGAUAUCUUCCUCUUCUGGUUUCCGUUCUAUUGCCAGCUCAAGCUUUUCUUUGUGCUGUGGCUCGUGCUCCCCAGAACAUGCGGAACCAUGAUUCUGUACCAGAACAAAAUCCUGCCGUUCUUCAGAACCAACGAGGGCCAGAUUGACGAAACCAUCCGCGUCCUGCGCUCCAUGGCAUGGACAAAACUACUGGAUCUGGCUCAGAUCGGAUAUGCCCAUCUCCAUCGACUGGCGCUGGAGUUUCUUGUGACGGUGGGUAUGCAACAUCCGCGGCGGCAUCGGCGGCGGAGGUGCGGACUUGCAUGGACUGCCUGUCUGUCCGCGAGAGAGCGGGGAGCCGUGGAAUGUCCUCCGAUAUAGCGGACUCUGGCUUGGGCGUUUGCAGGAUGUCCCAACCAGAGGUCCACGAACGGAAAACAGGUUGGGGCGCCGCAUAUCGAUCCAAAAUGUGCCCUCUGCCGACAGCCGAGCUUCGUCGUUGGCAGGC